AUGGGAUUCUUUUCAAGUCUAGGAAGCAAGAUAUCUGGUUUCUUCAAUCAGACCAAGACGGCAGUGGCUGGCAUUCUCAAUGGUGGUGUCAGUGCCGUUAAGCAGGUGUACACGGACAUUGUCAAGCCAACUGCACAGAUACCGGCAAACUUGGUCAAUGGAGCACUCUCCACUGUGAAGACUGUCGUGGCAGACGGUGGCCAGGUGAUCAACAAACUGGCCGGUGGCGCCGUGAAGGCGGUCGAUGAUGUUGCCGGUGGUGUAGGCAAGGCAGUGACCGCAGUUGGUGGUGGUGUAGGUGGCUUCGCGAGUGAGACUGGUAAGGGUAUAGAGUGGGCCCUUCCCAUUGCUGCCAUCGCAGUUGCUGCCAUGAUUAUUCUUAAAUGA